AAUAGCAUUAGGUCACAAGUCGCAAUUUUGCGGAAAAAAAGUGAAGAUGUAUUCCAAUCUCAAGAGAAAUAUGUGGUUAAGCAGUAUAUUUUAUACUAGCUUUUUUGUAUAGGAUAAUUAGUAAAGAUAAUAUAAUAUUUAAGUUAGUUAAUUAUGAAAUUUUUAAUAGAUUUGUUAACACAAAACAUAUUAAAAUGACUACUAAAAGUUCUUGUUCUACUGGAGCAAGAAGUAAAUCCAAACUCGCUUUUUUAACACACGUAAAAUACGAACAUCUUCUUGCCGGAAUUUCUGGAGGUGUCACAUCAACUCUUAUUUUGCAUCCACUUGAUUUGAUAAAGAUACGAUUUGCAGUGAACGAUGGAAGAACAAAAUCAGUUCCUCGAUACAAUGGUUUGGGUGAAGCUUUUUCUACAAUAUUCAAACAGGAAGGUUUGCGAGGGCUCUAUAGGGGUGUUGCGCCCAAUAUUUGGGGGUCUGGAAGUUCUUGGGGAUUAUACUUCUUAUUCUACAACACUAUCAAAACAUAUUCUCAAGAUGGAAAUUCUCUUGUUCCUUUAAGUCCGACUGCACAUUUAAUAAUUGCUGCUCAAGCUGGAACUUUAUCAUUGGCUAUCACAAAUCCGAUUUAUGUUGUUAAAACACGCUUAUGCUUGCAGUAUAAUAAUGGAAAUUUGAACAGUAAGCAAUAUGCUGGUAUGUUCGAUGGUUUACAGCAGAUUUAUACCAAAGAGGGAUUUCGAGGCCUUUAUAGAGGAUUUGUACCUGGAAUGUUUGGUGUCUCUCAUGGGGCUAUUCAAUUUAUGACUUAUGAAGAGAUGAAAGUGAGAUAUAACUUGUAUAAGAAAGUUCCAAUAGAUACCAAAAUGAGUUCCGGAGAGUACAUUAUCUUUGCAGCCAUUUCAAAGCUUAUAGCCGCCGCUACAACCUAUCCUUAUCAAGUCAUAAGAGCCAGAUUACAGGACCACAAUCAGAGUUACAAGGGAGCCUGGGAUUGUAUAAAAAUAACAUGGAAAUAUGAACAUGUAAAAGGAUUUUACAAAGGCCUUGUACCUUAUUUGGUUCAUGUAACACCUAAUAUAUGCUUGGUGAUGCUUAUAUGGGAAAAAUUAACUGGUGAGAGUUGAUGACUACCUGGAAGAAAAAUUUCUUGACUUUGGCAGUAUUGUUUUAUUGUUACAUAUGACAAUAUAAAAUAGACAAAAUGUAAU